CGUCCGUCAUGCAGGCAAUAUGUCUGUCUGAGUGUACCGGGCAGGGAUGCUUAGCUGUGGUGUCAGCGGGAGGAGCAGCCACUGACUGUCUACCUACCUCCAGACCACAGCAUUGAUUGUCCUGCCGCCACCAUGGAGCUUCUCGGCACUACAAUGACUUCUACCUAUGCCCGUCCCAAACCCACACCAACCAAUUUCCUCCCAGCUAUAUCCACGAUGGCAUCAAGCUACAAAAACCGGUUUCCUCACUACACUUUAAGUCAUAGCCUGACUCUGCCAUGGAGACCAAGCACAUACUACAAGGUGGCAUCCGCCACACCAACUCUAGCACCCCUCUCGAAGAGCGCCCCGGGUCUCAACCCAGCACAGAUUCUUUCCUACCCCGCCAAUAGAACAGCACUUUUUACUAGGUAUACCCCAGAUGACUGGCACAAGUCCAAUCUAAACAAUUAUAGGGAAUCUGAAUCCUCCAGACGUAGUGCCGAGAGGUUACGUGUUGACACCAGCCGACUGAUCCAAGAGAGAGACCAGAAGACAAGAAAAAUCCAGACCGACACCAGCAAAGACUUGGGGGAACGAGUAAACGACAUUGCUUUCUGGAAAUCUGAAAUCAAUCAUGAGAUUGACCAGAUGAUUGGAGAAACAAAUGCACUCUCCGAGGUCAAGAGGCGUCUAGAAAGGGCACUUGCUGAAACAGAAGGUCCUCUCCAGGUAGCUCAGGAAUGCUUGUACCACCGCGAGAAGAGAAUGUCCAUAGACCUCGUACACGAUGAUGUGGAGAAGCAGCUGCUGCAGGAAGUUGACGCCAUCAAGUCCUGCCAGGAGAGAAUGAGAAGACACCUAGAGAAGACGGCAGCACAACUGGCAUCUAACCGGGCGGCUCAGCACGAGCUGGAGAGGGACAUCAGCGACAAGCAGGCGGCGUACCGCAUCGAUGACAAGUGCCAGAACCUCAGGAAUACCUCCGAUGGCAUCGGCUACUUCAGAGGAGUGGAACGCAUGGACGCCACUAUCUCAGUUCCUGAAACCUGGGCCAAGUUCAGCGAUGACAACAUCUUGAGGUCUCAGGGUGAACGGGUGGCAUCUGCUAAGCUCAGGGAAGAUGUAGAGAGUCUACUCAAUGCUACCUCCAACGAGAUGUGGAACCAGUUCAACCUCGUGAACGUCGCCUUCACCAACAGGAUCUCUGACACCGCCGAUGCCAAGAACAGGCUCCAGAGCCACUUGGCCAAGACUCUCCAAGAAAUCUUCCAGACAGAAAUGACAAUCGAAGCCAUUAAGAAGGCAAUCAAGGACAAAAUAGCUCCUUUAAGAGUAGCCCAGACGCGUCUUGAUGAACGGACCAGACGCCCCAAUGUGGAACUGUGCCGUGAUAUUGCACAAAUACGCCUUGUCCAAGAAGUCCAUGAAAUCGACGACACCAUUCAAGUCCUACAGCAACGUCUCCGAGAAGCUGAGGACACCUUACAGAUUCUGGUCCACACGAAGGCCAACUUGGAGCAUGACCUGUCCAUCAAGGCCAACUCUCUUUUCAUCGACCAGGAGAAAUGUAUGGGCAUGAGGAAGAGCUUCCCUAGCACCCCCCGACUGGUGGGCUACACAUAGACUAGGAUCUGGGCACCUACACUACAGGAUAGGAACAGUAAUGUACCAUGUUGAUGACUUUCACUCUCUUGGUGUGUGUUGGGUUUGUUGACACAAGAGACAAUAUACAGUAAUAUGGAUGUUAUAAAGGUUAAUAAAACGUGUCUGUUGUUUUA